AUGGGCACUGAUCUGCUGUACUGAUGGGCACUAAUAGGCUGCACUGAUGGGCACUGAUGAGGAGGCAGUGAUGAGGCUGGACUGAUAUGUGGCACUGAUGGGCAGCUCAUGGGGCCCUUGGGCAAUAGGGGAUCAUGGGGCCCCUGUGUCCUUGCCCAAACUCAAAAAAGCCUAUGAAAAAGGUACCAGGGGCAUCUCAUGGGGCCCCCUACUGACUCCAGGCCCUCGGGCAGUGCCCGAGUUACCAAAUGGUCAGUCCGCCCCUGAUCCCUAUCAUGUUAACGCACUGCAAGGUUUAGAUAAACCAAUUAUUAGCAGGGGUUACUUAAGAUGGGAAAGGCUUCCUUCAGGUUAAAAAGGUUGAGAAAGAUUGUUCUAGGGGGCCAACUGCUCACA